CAGCCCCAGCACUUCCACCAGACUAUCACCAUCACCAUCACCAGCACAGGCUGACCAGUAAUGAUAACGGUGGGAUAAACAGAGAGCAGCAGCCAUCAGCUUCGACCCCCGGGGACCAGAGGAACUCGGCCCUGCUUGCGGUAAGGCACCUGGUUUUCUCCUAUGAUUCUGGCUGUAGUCAUGCGGCCUUUUGCAAAGGUGGUGGCUGUCUUGGCCUCAUGUGGAAUGGAUGGCCAUGAAGAAGGCCAAGGUAUCAGUCCCUCAAAGGCUGCUGGGUACGAGUAUGUGGUUGUAAGCUCUUACUAUCAAAGUCACCGGUGCUCAUCGUCUUUGUCCUACACCCAAAGUGUGUUCCUCACUAGGUCUGGGUUCUCCAGAGGCUCAAAAGUCCAGUUUGUGAAAGAAAAACCUUAUAGCUGAGAAAUCUUGCAGAAUGGUAAUGCUUUAGCACAUUGGCUCUGAUUAAACCAAGUAAGACAUUCUUUACUUAAUAGCAACUUAGCUUCAGCUGGCCUGUUCACCUUACCCCAUCCUCCUCCUCCCACCUCUGAAGUGCUCUUCACCUGGGCUUCAGAGGAGUCUGUGAUUGACAUUACAUAGUGUCCUCACAGUAAAAAAAAAAAAAAAAAAAGGGAGGGAACCUCUCAGGCAGACUUCUGCAGGAAUGCUUGCUUGGUAAGAGUACUCCCAAGAUCUUCAUGAGCUACCCUCCCCAAGCCCCAAUCUAGUCUUUAUUCUGAACCCUCAGAUCAAGCAGUCUUAUCUCCCAGCACUUGUGGAAAGGCACUUUGAGCAUUUUACUGUGGUUCUGGGAAGCAGUGUGUCUUCAGUCCUCCCGGUAACGGCACAUCAAACCCUGAAGCCUGAGUAAGUUUCUGACUGGAAGAGCUUCCUCAGAGGCACAGACAACACCCCACCCAGAGGGAAGAGUGUUGAGUCAUUGGUUCUUGGUUGUCAGUCUUGGUCAGGUGACCCACUUGCUUGUGGUGUUCAGGCUCCCCCCUCCCCUGAACUGCUAUGCCAUUAGCCUUUCAGUAGGAGUAGGAAGCCAGUUUUGUGCCCGAAAGCUUAUCCUGCUGGGCUCCUGAAGCUCUGUGACUGCUCACUGGCCACUACAGCCUGCCGAGCCAAGCCUGAUGAAAGGAAGACAGGAAAUGGCUGUGGGAUCCCCCAAACACUCAGAAAGCCCCAAGGAAGAAGGGUACUGAGCAGCUCCUAAGGGAGGAGAGGGCCUGUUUCAGCCAGCCACUACUCCUUCCUGGCUGCUCUUUGCCAUGUCCUUCAUCCACGGUGAUUCCCAUGGUCCCCAGUAAGCUCUGGGGACUGAGACACUGCUCUUCUGCCCCACAAGGCACACAUUUUUCUUGGGCUGCCUAGAGCUGUGAUUCUGGGACCCUCCGAUCCACAUGAAAACUAACUGCCCAUAAUUAAACUGGCCCGUGUUUUAUUCCUGAAUGAAACUAUUCAGUUUAUAUUGGAGUUUCCAGGCCUGUAUACCUCUCUCUCCCACCUGCUCCAUCCCCACUUUUCUCUGGAAUUCCCAGCUAAGGGGAAGUUUGUCUCCUAAAGAGAGAUGCUGGGGAGAGGGAAGAGGGAGGAAAGAAUGAGGUUUGUGUGCAUGUGUGUGUCACCAGCUCUGCAGCCAAAAGUAACUAAAUGCCUUGAUUGUCCCCAGUAAAUUUAUAAUCUGUCUGCGAGCCUCCCAAUAAUGCAGCUUUGUGUGCUUCAGAGUCUCCUGGUGAGUGCUUCUGGGGAUGAUACUGACAGCCAGGCGCCCAGGACAAGCCCAGAGGGGAAGCCUGAUCUCUGCCCUGGAUGCCAAGCCUAGAGAAGCCCACGGGGUGGGCUUGUCCUGUGCCUCUUCCUCCCAGCCUCAGCGAGGAAGGUGGAAUGCCCCCUGUGGCCCUCCUGGGUUUUUGCUUCUGUCCAGCUGGGAGGGAAGUUGAUGAAGUUCUCUUUUGCUGGAGUGUUACAGGAUGCAAAAUGAAACCAACUUCAGUGGGUUUUGUAACUUGAAGUAGCUUUGCUUCAGAUGUCAGGGACGGGAGGCAAUAGGGUCUGCCUUCUCUGCUCCAGUUCGCAGCUACAAAAGCUGAAGGUGUUUGCCACCCUUUCUCGGGACUCUCUUUUCUCUCUUCCACCCACCAACCGCCUCUUAAAAUAGCCCCUUGAUGGAGCACUCUCUCUCCAAGGCUCCCUGAAAAGAAAACAAGUUGUCAACCUGUCUCCUGCCAACAGCAAGAGACCCAAUGGUUUUGUGGACAGCUCAUUCCUUGACAUCAAAAGGCUCAGGGCUGGGGAGAACAUUUCUACCCAGGGUCAGGGUCCCCUCCCGGUAAAUAAUGGACAAAGUCAUAUGCUGCCAGGGUCCUUGCCCAUGAGCCAAGCACCGCUGAGGAAGACUAAUGUACUACUGCCUCCUGCACAUUCUCCUGGCAGCAACAUGUUUAACAUGGGCUUAAAGGAGGUGAAGAAAGAACCUGGGGAGACCCUGUCUUGCAGUAAGCACAUGGAUGAACAAAUGACCCAGGAGAGUGUGUUUACUAACAGGUUUGGAGAUGACCCUGGAGAGCAGCUGAUGGACCCUGAGCUGCAGGAGCUAUUCAAUGAAUUGACCAACAUCUCAGUGCCUCCCAUGAGUGACCUAGAGCUGGAGAACAUGAUCAAUGCCACCAUUAAGCAGGAUGACCCGUUCAGCAUGGACUUGGGGCAGCAAAGCCAGAGGAGCACGCCUCGACCCUCCCUGCCCAUGGAGAAGAUCAUUAUCAAGAGUGAAUAUUCACCCGGCUUGACUCAAGGCACUGCAGGCUCUCCCCAGCUGAGGCCCCCAUCAGCUGGCCCUGCAUUUUCCUUGGCCAACUCUGCCCUCUCCACUUCAUCCCCAAUCCCCACAGUCCCUCAGAGUCAGCCUCAGACAGUAUCAGGAGCAAACAGGGCCCUGCCAAGCUGGCAAGAAGUAUCCCAUGCCCAACAGCUCAAGCAGAUAGCUGCAAACCGUCAGCAACAUGCACGGAUGCAGCAGCAGCAGCAGCAGCAGCAGCAGCAGCAGCAGCCACCUCCCCCCUGGCCAGCCUUGCAGUCCUCUGCUGGGCCAUCCCCAGGGGCAUUUGUGCAGGAAAAAAUCCCCAGUCCUUCCUUCCCCCAGCAGCCAUUCAGCCCACAGGGGUCGCCCAUGCCUGCAGUGGCUGGCAACAGCAGCCAGUCCAAAGCUGCGCCCAGCUACACAUACAAGGCCAGUCCCUCAGCCCAGGCGGGACACCUGGAUGUGCUUCUGCAGCAAAAGCCUCAGGAUCUCAGUCGAAGUUUUAUUAACAACCCACACCCAAGCUUGGAGCCCCGGCAUGGAAACACCAAGCCUUUGUUCCAUUUUAACUCAGACCAAGCGAACCAGCAGAUGCCUUCUCUUUUGCCUUCCCAGAACAAGCCUCCUCUCCUGCACUACACCCAGCAGCAGCAGCAGCAGCAACAGCAGCAACAACAACAGCAACAGCAAGGCUCACUGGUAGCUCAGCAGCAGCAGCAACAGCCACAGCCACAAAACUCAUUGGUAGCUCAGCAGCAGCAACAGCAACAACAGCAGCAGCAGCAGCAACAACAGCAGCAGCAGCAGCAACAACAACAGCAGCAGCAGCAGCAGCAGCAGCAGCAGCAGCAGCCAUCCCAACCCACCCAACCUUUAUCAAGCCAGCCUUUGCUAAGGUCACCUUUGCCACUUCAGCAAAAGAUCAUGCUUCAGAAAAUGCAGAGUCAGUCUAUCGGGAGCCUCGGAUAUCAAGUCACUCAACAGCACAGACAGGAUCAACACACUGUGGUAGGCCAGAGCACAGGCCCCAGUCCAAGUCCUAACUCCUGCUCAAAUCCAAACACUGGCAGUGCCUACAUGAACUCCCAGCAAUCCCUGUUGAAUCAGCAGAUGAUGGGGAAGAAACAGACCCUGCAGAGGCCAACCAUGGAGCAGAAGCAGCAACUUCUCCUCCAGCAGCAGAUGCUGGCUGACUCGGAGAAAAUCUCCCCUCAGGAUCAGAUGAACCGACACCUGACCAGGCCACCCCCGGACUACAAAGACCAAAGAAGAAAUCCGGGCAGUCUGCAGCCACCUGCUCAGUAUUCUGGCGGCUCCUCUACAGUGACUUUGAAUUCUAACCAGGCUUUGACAAACCCAGUUUCAACACACACCAUUUUAACUUCGAACCCCAGCCUCAUGUCUACAUCUCAUGGGAUGAGGAUGCCGUUGUUGUCCACAGCAGUUCAGAACAUAGGGAUGUAUGGAAACCUGCCAUGUAACCAGCCUGGCACCUACAAUGUCACUUCCGCCAUGAAUCAGCUGACCCAACAAAGAAAUACAACUCAACUGAUAACAAAUCAGAACAACCCUCUGAUGUCACGACCAUCUCCCUUAGGGGCAAAUAACGGUAACAACGUGGCCACCUUUGGAGCUGGGUCUGUUGGCAAUUCACAACAAUUAAGACCAAAUUUGGCUCACAGUUUGGCAGGCAUGCCAGCCCAGAGGUCAUCAUCUGUCAUGAUCACAUCCAACACGACAGCAACAAACUGGGCUUCUCAAGAUGUAACAGUGAAGCAACAGGAAGCCCUCAAAUCCACAGGAGUCCGCUUCCCAACAGGUACCCCUGCAGCAUAUACCCCAAACCAGUCACUGCAACCAGGAGUGGGGAGCCAGCCCUUUCCCCAGAGGGCGGUGGCGCCUCCUAGCCAGUUAACACCAGCAGUGCAAAUGAGACCUAUGAACCAAAUGAGUCAGACAUUAAAUGGGCAAACCCUGGGUCCACUCAGGGGUUUGAACCUCAGACCCAAUCAGCUGAGCACACAGAGUCUGUCUAACAUGAACCCAUCAGGAACAGGAUUGAAUCAGCAGAGGACAGGCACCAACCAGCCAUCAUCCCUGACACCUAACACUUUUCCUUCAUCCAACCAAAGCUCCAGGGCUUUUCAAGGAACUGACCACAGUAGCGAUUUAGCCUUUGACUUCCUCAGCCAACAGACGGACAGUAUGGGCCCUGCCCUAAACAGUGAUGCUGAUUUCAUCGAUUCCUUGCUGAAGACAGAGCCCGGCAAUGAUGACUGGAUGAAAGACAUCAAUCUUGAUGAAAUCCUGGGAAACAAUUCCUAAGGAGAAACGGAAGGUGGUUUGCAGGCUCCAAGCAUCAUUUCACAAGGACACUGCAAUGCCAAACUGCUAACUUCCAGGUGGACUAUAAGCACCAAAACAGAAAGUUGGCAGUAACCACAGUGGUGAGAAUUUUGGUUUGCAUGCUUGUUUUAAAAUGUUGAGCCUGAUAGGAAAACAUCAAGAUAAAUUUUCCCUGCCUGAACUUCAGCACAUGUUGUCCAGUUUAUUCAAACGCAACUGUGAUAUUGAUGUGUAAUGAAUUGUGUAAAAUGGUCUUCCCGAGCUCCUUUUCUCGAGGAAGGAAAUAUAAUGGAACUUGAGACUGGUUUCAGUCCCGUAUCAUAGACAGGUGUUUGUUCUGAGCAACAGGCAGCAGACUGCCAUCUGCUUUAGUAGAUAAGUAUGCGUUGAUUUCUCCACUAUCUUUCCUUGUCCUAAAGCUUGCAGGAAAGAGUGAAAUGUUACAUGGUUGUUUGGAGUAACCUACGGGAAUCCUAAGAGAGAACCAGAAAACCUAGGAGCCAUCCAGCAAACUAUACAAUUUCUUUCCUAGAUGUACUCCUCAUUUUUGUAAUUUUUGUAUUUUUGGGGGGAUGCUGUGUCUCGUGAUAAGACAGGAAUGCAGGGCUUCCAGUCCUUCCUUACCAGUUUUUAUAGAUAAUUAAGACUCGUGCUGAUCACACUGAUGUAUCAGUGCACAACUGCCUGCAUCAAAUUCCACUUCAAAAAAUUUGAAUCCUGCCAUGUAAGAGACAACCAUGGCCACAGACAACCAGAGUUCUUCUCGCUGUAGUUGGUGCCCACUUGUUUGUUCCCCAAAAGAGUAGAAUUGAUUGUCCUCCUAUUUUUUGGUAGCCAGAGACUGUUUUGUUUAAAAGAAAAAGAGAGAGAGAAAGAAAGAAAGAAAGAAAGAAAGAAAGAAAGAAAGAAAGAAAGAAAGAAGGAAAGAUUGAAUUAGAGUAAGACUGGAGAGUAUCCUGUAUGAUUGGCGUUAAGAAACGGAAGAAGGGUAUGAGUGGGCACAAAGCUAUUUCACAGAGUUUAGAGGGAGCAUAACUGAGAGACAAUAUAGACUUUCCUUGGACAGAGUACUUGGACUUGGGUGAACAGCUGAGCCCAGGGUGGCCUGCAAGUAGCCACCUACUCACGCUGUUCACGAUACAGUGAAUCCUUGCCAUAUGGUGCCUGGGCCCUUCUUAGCCAGGUUUCCUUGCUCAGGGCUGAGUGUUAGAGCAAAACAUGGAUUUGUUUGGGUCACUGAACCUCAGUGCCCAUGUCUUUGUACACUGCAAAGCGGAGGAGGUGUCCUGGUUAGGGAUGCCUCGAAAAGACCACACCAUGUUCCUAAAUCCAGAGAAUCAAAGGUUACUGUCAACCUUUGAGUUAUACAUUCACAUACUUAAAUAUAAAGUGUGAUUUAACUCAAGUCUUCUAAGCACCAAAUCGUCACAAAUCUGUUCGGAAAAGGAAGACAUUUUUAAAGCUCUGUAAAGCCCUCUUUCAGCCUUUAUAAUGCCAUUGGGUUCUCUCUUUCUUUUCCACUGCUCCAAUAUCACUGGCCCAGAAUCUUUUCUGUGCUGAUUUGUAAAUAUUAAUAAAUUACUUGUUUUGUAAACUUUUGUAAAGAAUAUUUUGGUAGAAAUACUUAAAACAUAUUCUUUGGAUUAUAUUUAUACAUAUGUGAAAUAAAUAUACUAUCGAAAGGUUAUAUUUUAUACAAAAAGUAAAUUGUUACCUUUUGUAUGCUAAUAUACAAAGUUUUGUAUAAUACGAUGGUUUAUUUUUAGCUCUGCACUUAAACCAUAGGUGAUUGAGUGGAAACGUUUAAAAAGUACCAAGAGGCUUGUUAGAUAAAUCUGUAUUCUGAAACCUCAGUAUGAAAGCAUUCCAGGUUUCCAUCCCUCCCUGUUAUUGUUGUUGUUUUCCAGCUCAAAAUUCUUUUGUUAGGCCAGAGUUCUCAUGUCUUGUUUGAUUAUCCUGCUGUGCAUACUCUCUCAGUCCCUGUUUGUGUGCUCUACUGCGUGUUUCCCAUUAUAUGAAACAGUGUUUCUCCAUGCAAACAGAGAGGAAAGCCAGCGUGUAUAGAGACACCUUUCUUUCUGUGGCGGCUCCUCCCAGUUACUGUACAUAUCUGCAGGGCUUCUCAGUUCUAGCCCUUGUAAUUAAGCUUGUUUCACCCUAACACAAACAGAGCAUUUUGUAGCAGCUGUCCAGUUGUCCAAUUGACGAGGCAAAGGAAACAAAACAGUUGGUUUUUCUUCUAUCUUAAUGUGAAUUUCAUAAUUAGUGUCUAUUUAUUCAGCUAUUCAUUAAAAUACAGGAUUCUUUGGGGGGGGAUGGUGUAAUCUAUAGUUUCUGUUUGUUGGCAGCCUAUUACCAAAGAUGAUGUAAUUUUCCUGAAAGCUGAGAUAAUGACAAUUUGAUAGACAAACUUAGUAAGAGCCUCAGGAUUUACAACGUAAGAGCUAUAGGGAUACAAACUCCCAUUUAUAGAAAUGCCAGACUACUUAAUUGCUGACAUUGUUUAUCAUUCUGACAUAUAACAGAGAAGAUAGGAGUCGUUUUCAUUUUUUCUUUCUUUCUUUCUUUCUUUUUUUUAAUUCAGAGACUAGAAAGUAAUGUAGACAAAUAAUUCCUUCUUGGCUUUGUGUUCAGCCCAAUGAAAUGAGUCACUAAGUGAAGCGCUGAUGUUACUUGCAUUGCUGUCCUGAACCCACGAAUGUAAAGAUUUCAACUUGUAAUACAAGUAUUUUGUAUUGUGUGUAAUUCCAUGUGUAAAAAAAAAUAGUUUAAAACA